CUUGUCUACCAGCAUUUCCUGCCAAUAUGGCCGAGGAGGGCGCGUUUCUUUUCCCUGUCUUGGUGGCGGGGAAUUGGUCCUCCAGUCUUAACACGAGUUUGAAAAACAAACUCCUCCGCUACUUCCAGAGCCCGAAGAGGUCUGGCGGGGGAGAGUGCCGGAUCCACGUGGAAUUGUGGCCAGAAGAGCACGUUACCGUUUACUUUGCGGAGGACGAAGUGAGGCAGAGAGUUCUUGGCAUGAAGACCCAUGAGCUCAUCUUGCCAGGAGAAGAGAAGUUAAAGCUAACCGUCUCUCUGCCUGCAGUGACAACUGAUGAAAAUGAGUCACAACAAGAACCCGGUCCAAUUCAGGAGUCCAUUCAAGUCAAUCAACUUCAAGAGUCCAGUCCUAACUUCAAGUCUGCUGACUCUGAUCUGCAAGCAAAAGGAAAACCUGGAGUGUUUGCAUCACAGUCUGAAACAGAUAUCUCUGCUAUGAUAGUAUCCGAGGGAGAUCAGGCUCUCCAGAAAGUGAUGCAGGAGACAUAA